UUCGUACCCACAAUUAAAGCGCUCUGAUUUUGCAUUGAUAAUUAUGAACAAUGCUCAAGGCGAGAUAUUAAAGAAAUAUGGGAACGACUGCGUUUGUGUUGAUGGGACACAUGGUCUUAAUGGAUAUAAUUUUGAACUUAUAACUCUACUAGUGCUAGACGAUCUAAGACAAGGGUUUCCAUGCGCGUUUCUAAUAUCUAACAGGAAUGACUCCCAGAUGCUGUCCAUAUUUUUCCAGCACAUAAAGAGGCAGGUUGGAUCAAUUUCGCCAAAUGUUUUUAUGUCGGAUUUGGCCGAGUCUUUCUUUAUUGCAUGGAAUGAUGUCAUGGCAGCUCCAUCUAUGCGACUUUAUUGUACAUGGCAUGUUGAUAGAUGUUGGAGGAAGAAUAUCAAAUGUAAGAUUCAAGGUGUAGGAAAACAAGGUGAAGUAUACAAGCAAAUCAGAACUUUGAUGCAUGAGCAGGAUGUAGAUUCAUUUGAUGAGAUGUUAAAUAUUGUGCUAGAGAGAUUGGAAUGUGAUCCUGAUACAGUUCAAUUUGCCACAUACUUCCGAGACAACUAUGUUGGGAAUGCAAAUUCUUGGGCAUAUUGCCAUAGAUUGAAUGCUGGAAUCAAUACCAACAUGCAUAUAGAAAGAAUGCAUCGCACUAUUAAAUAUAUAUAUCUAGGUAGUAAAUGUGUCAAGCGUUUGGACAAAGCUAUUUUUGCAUUGAUGUCAUUUGUGAAGCACAAGCUGUUUGACAGGCUUAUUGUGCUAAAUAAAGGUAAACUGACGAGUAAACUUAAGGACAUUCGGCUUCGGCAUAAAUCAGGGAAUAAUAUUAAGGAGGACUUCAUUACUAUGGAGUUUUCUGGUUGGAAAGUGCGUUCUUCUUCAAGAAGGUCAACAGAUUAUUUUGUAUAUGAUAAUGACUUUCAGUGCAACUGCAGAUUGAUGUGCAUUAAAUGCAGGGCUUGCAUUCAUAGGUAUUCUUGUACAUGUAUUGACUAUACCAUCAAAUGGAAUAUGUGCAAGCACAUACAUAGUGUUUGCCAGAUUCAGUUAAAGCAGCAACCUUCUGAACACCUAAGAAAUAGUGAAGUUACACUUACUGAGAGUGAAGAUAUUUCUGUUGUAGACGAGAAAACAGAAAUACUAGCGGAGGUAACGAAAAAAAGUGUUAAUGAUUCUGUACCUUUCUCAGUCCAAAGAAGGGAACUUAUCGCAGAGUUUUCUGGUAUUGUAUCUGAGCUGACCUCAAAUGACUUAGAAACUGCUAAAAAAAUGUUAUCGUCACUAAAGGCAACUGUAGCUGUCGGAAUGUUGCAGCAAAAACAGGCACCGCUGCAGAUAGAAAGGAAACAAUCACAAAAGAUUUUACCUCAACGUAGACUGUACUCUACAAAGAAAAACAAAAGGAGUAAUAAUGCAUCCCUGGUGCUACCAAAUUCAGAAGAAUCCAGUUUGAUCAAAUUAUCUCUACUGGCAGACAAAGAAGAUGCACUUGUGGGAAAAGGUUCAGCUGUUAAAAAGCAACCAACAAUAAAAAAUACAGAGGGUGUAGCAGGUCCAUUCCCCAUUACAGCAUGUGCCCUACAGCACAGCCCGACGAAUUGCUCAACUCCCAUGAUUCAGACAAUAGCAAAACAGGCUGAGGUGGUAUCUAGUCCGUCUCUCGCUACAUCGUAUGUGCUGAAACACAGCCCGAGGAAUAUUUGCAUUUCUGCCUGCAGGCUCAACUUCCACAAUUCAACCAAUACCAAAACAGGCUGUGGUGGUACCACAUCCAUCCAUCGGUACAGUGCGUGUGUUGCUACACAGCUCAACAAAUGGUGCUGUUCUCCCACAUUUAAACCAGUGACAGGGCAGGAUAAGAUGGUAUCAGUGCCUUCCCUUACUACAGCGCAUGUUCUGCAACACGGCUAUGGAAUGCAACCUGUGAUGCCAGGAAACUCACAGAUAAACUAAAUCAUGUGCCAGAUGUCGAGCACCAUUGUGUUUGGAAGUUCCAUUGUU